CAAAACUCAUAUAAUAAUGAACACCAAAAGUAUAUUAAAGUGUAAUACUACUUGUGUUACAAAUGUUCAAGCAAUUCAUACAUCCUCUCCUAUUAUACUGUUUGAAAAGAAAGAUACAGAAUUUUCAAGAGAAAGUAAGUCUACAGACAAUCAUUCCUUAUUCUCUUCCUCUUUAACAAGUGAUAAGAUUCAAAUAGAAUUUCAACAGCAACUUGUAGAGAAAGAUAGACUUGAAAAAAGGCUUGCUGAGGUGAAUGAACAAAUAAAGGAACUUUUAAAUUAUAAAAAAGAAGACUCACUAUGCAAUGAUAAUCAAAUGCUCAUUUUCCCUACAAAUCAAAUUAUCAAGUUAAAGAAUGAAUUUGAGAGAAGAGAAGAUGAAUUUAAAAAGAAAACUAAAUUACAUGAACAAUUAAAGAAAGAGAAAGAGAAAGCAAUUAAGAGCUAUCAAGCCAAACAUCAAAAAUUAUUAACAAAUCAUACUUGUCAAAUAGACCAAUUAAAUGCAUCUCAUACAAACUAUAUCCAUAAAUUACAUCGAGAACAUGAAGAAGAGUUGGUUAAAUUGAAACAGUUUAAUAAAAAUGAAGAAGGAGGAAAUGAGAAAACCAAGUUGAUAGUACUAAAUAAUGCACUAGAGCAAUUGUUAAAAGAAUUGGAUGAAGAAAAUCAUGAUUCAUCGUCAAUAAAACCAUCGUUAUUAAAAGAAGGAAAUUCAUUUCUUUAUCAAGCUUUAUCACAAAGGAAUAUGAAUAGCACUAGCCAUAGUCGUAAAACGCAUAAGCAGCCUAUUAAUCAACAUACUUACAGUCAACGCUAUAUGCCUUUUGAUGCUAUUUCUUGGCUUAUUCCACAACAAAUAUCAAAUUCUAUUGGAAAAUCCUUUCUUUGAAGAAGUUCUCUAUAAUAAGAAACAAAAUACUACAAUGUAGUGUAAUAAACUGAAUCAUUUUACUAACAAAAUGUCAAAAAGAGUCAUUUGGGAC